AUGGGAGACCUGAAGUCAGGUUUUGAAGAGGUGGAUGGCGUGAGGCUCGGCUACCUCAUCAUUAAAGGAAAGCAAAUGUUUGCCCUCUCCCAAGUCUUCACGGAUCUGCUGAAAAACAUCCCGAGGACGACCGUGCACAAGCGCAUGGAUCAUUUGAAAGUGAAAAAGCACCACUGCGAUCUGGAGGAGUUGCGGAAACUCAAGGCAAUCAACAGCAUCGCCUUCCACGCCGCCAAAUGCACGCUCAUCUCUCGGGAAGACGUGGAAGCGCUCUACACCUCCUGCAAAACCGAGCGCGUCCUCAAGACCAAGCGCAGGAGGGUCGGCCGGGCCCUGGCCACAAAGGCGCCGCCACCAGAGCGCGCCGCCGCCGCCGCCAGCCCCCGCCCGGGUUUUUGGAAGGACAAGCACCAACUUUGGCGGGGCCUGAGCGGAGCCGCGCGGCCCCUGCCAAUCAGCGCGCAGUCCCCGCGCCCUGGCGCCGCCGCCGCGCGCCCCGCCGCCCAUCUACCUCAGAUUUUUAGCAAAUACCCGGGCUCGCACUAUCCGGAAAUCGUGCGUUCGCCUUGCAAACCCCCUCUAAACUAUGAAACUGCCCCGCUCCAGGGAAACUACGUUGCUUUCCACUCGGACCCUGCUUAUUUUCGGAGCCUGCUCUGCAGCAAGCACCCGGCUGCCGCCGCCGCCGCCGCCGCGGCUGCCGCCGCCGCCGCCGCCGCCGCCGCCUACUACCAGGCGUCGGCGGCCGGGCCCGAGCCCAAGGCGGCGGCGGGCGCUGGAGGCCCGGUGAGCCUGACCUACCGGUGCAAGCGCAAGCGCGGGGGCGCCAAGGACUGCCUGCUCGCGCCCCACGCCGGCGCCCGCCGCCUGCUCCUGCUGCCUAGGUCCUACAAAGCCAAGGCGGCGGCGGCGGCGGCGGCAGCGGCGGCGGCGGCGGCCGCCGGGGCCACUUGCCUGGAGAGGUUUCAUCUGGUUAACGGCUUCUGCACGCCUCCCCACCACCACCACCACCACCACCAUCACCACCACCACCACCACCACCGGGCCCAGCAGCCGCCGCCGAACCACCACCCCCCACAUCACCACCGGCCUCAGCCCCAUCUCGGCAGCUUUCCCGAGAGCUGCAGCAGCGACUCGGAGUCCAGCUCCUACUCGGACCAUGCAGCCAACGACUCAGAUUUUGGCUCCAGUUUGUCCAGCUCCAGCAACUCGGUGUCCUCGGAGGAGGAGGAGGAGGAGGGAGAAGAGGAGGAGGAGGAGGAAGAGGAGGAGGAAGAGGAGGAGGAGGGGGGUAGCGGGGCCUCGGAUUCCAGCGAAGUCAGCUCGGAGGAGGAGGACUCGUCCACGGAGUCGGACUCCAGCUCCGGCUCCAGCCAAGUGUCCGUGCAGAGUAUCCGUUUCAGACGCACCAGCUUCUGCAAGCCUCCCAGCGUGCAGGCGCAGGCCAACUUCUUGUACCAUCUGGCCUCCGCCGCCGCUGCAACCAAACCCGCUGCUUUCGAGGAUGCCGGCAGACUUCCCGACCUCAAGAGUAGUGUCAAAGCGGAGUCGCCGGAGGAGUGGAAUCUGCAGAGCUGGGCCCCCAAAGCGUCUCCGGUGUACUGCCCCGCCAGCCUGGGGAGUUGUUUCACAGAGAUAAGGAACGAUAGGGUAUCUGAGAUUACAUUCCCACACUCUGAAAUUUCCAGUACUGUAAAGAGAACUGACCUGACAAUUAACUGCCUGGCGGAGGGGGCCUCUUCACCUAGCCCAAAGACAAACAAUGCAUUUCCACAACAAAGAAUACUCCGAGAGGCGAGGAAAUGCCUACAAGCAAGUCCUACUACACACUGUGCAGAUAACAACACAAUAGCUGCUAGGUUCUUAAAUAAUGAUUCUUUGCGAGCAGCGGCAAAUUCAGAAAAAGAUUCCAAAAUCCCUCAUUGUGCUGAAUUUGCUACGGAUUUGUCCUCUUCACACACUGAUUCUGAGGUGGAUGCAGCAGCAGCAACUAAAACUGAGACUCCCUGCACUAACACAGGAGACAAGACCUUGCCAUUUCUGCACAAUAUUAAAAUCAAAGUAGAAGACAGUAGUGCUAAUGAAGACUAUGAACCUGACCUUAUUACAAAUAAGCUUAAGUGCGAGUGCAAUGAUACAAAGGGUGAGUUUUACAGUGUGACUGAAAGUAAGGAGGAGGACGCCUUGUUCACCACAGCCAAGGAAGAAGGUUUUGCAUGCCCUGAAAAAGAAACUCCUUCCUUAAACCCACUGGCUCAGAGUCAGGGCCUUUCAUGCACUUUAGGUUCUCCAAAACCUGAGGAUGGGGAAUAUAAAUUUGGUGCCAGGGUGAGAAAAAAUUACCGGACACUAGUACUGGGAAAGCGACCUGUACUUCAGACACCUCCAGUCAAACCAAAUUUGAAAUCAGCUAGAAGUCCUCGUCCUACAGGUAAAACUGAGACACAUGAAGGAACACUGGAUGAUUUUACAGUUAUAAACAGACGCAAAAAGGUAGCCAGCAAUGUAGCAUCAGCAGUGAAAAGGCCAUUUAAUUUCAUGGCAAAUUUUCCUUGUCCACCAUCACUCAUUAUUGGGAAAGAUGGGGAUUUGUGGCCGGCGUAUUCCUUAAACACUACUAAGGAUUCCCAACCUCCUCACAAGGCCCAUCCUAUAUGGAAAUGGCAGCUGGGCGGUUCUGCAAUACCUCUUCCACCUAGUCACAAAUUCAGGAAAUUUAAUUCAUAAAAGUGUUUUGGAAGAUAUUUUCUUGAACCCUAUUACCUUCCUUUUGUUGUAAACUGCACAGGAUGGUUUGUACAAGUCCAUUAAUGUGUUACACCCCUUUUGGAGCCCUGGUUUAUCGCAUUUUGAAGACAGAAAUCGGAUUACUUUUUUCCCAUUGCGGGUUUUUUUUUUUUUUUUUUUUUGGAGUAGGGUGGGGGCGGGGUGGGAGAAGGGUUGGUUUACAUUCCACAGACUACUUCAGGCUAAAGACUCAAGUAAAACUCAGUUAUUAAGGUAGAGCUGGAACACUUUACUGUUUCAAUGCUAAUAAUGCACCCGGUACCUCAAUUCAACUGCUACAAAUAAAUGUCAAAAGGUUGAAUAAUAAAUAUUACAAUGAGCCAUUAAGUUUAUGCACUAGAUUUCAGACCUGAAAGUGUAACUGUUAAUUCAGUGAAAGUUUGUUAGGUUACAUGGUUACACAGUGAGGUAGAAAGAAGUUUCUAUGAGCCCAAAAUGUUCUUUUCUGGAGCUCUUGUUUGUGGGGUAUCUUUUCCUCCCCUCAUUCCUUCUCCAAGAAUAGUUGCACUUAAUUUCCUUCCUUCCUUCUUCCUUCCUUCCUUCCUUCCUUUCUUUUUUUGAGUGGAAAGAUUGGGGAGUCCUCCUUGAAUGCUGGUAAAAGCUGCCUCAGAUAUCCUGAGCAAAAUAAAUAUGAAAUUGCUUUUUUUUUUUUUUUUUUGGCAAAGGGUGUGAUUUUACUUUUACAACUCCUCCUUGCAACUGGAAAAGUCCUUUUUGUGUUCUCACCCAAAGGUUUUAAAUAAGUGGACUCUUACUCACUAUUAUCCUGCUUGCCUUGUGGUCUGACUCCUCAAGUUUGACUCCUCAAACUUGCAAAACAAUUAAAGUAGUUCUCUUAAUAGCAGGAUAUUUUAUGGUCUGACUCUUCAUAGUGACAAAGCAGUAAAUACAACCAAGAAAACUAAAAUGGGUCAGAGUUGUAGGAAUAUCCCAAAUGAAAAAUUACAGUUCUUUCAGGGCUCUUUGGUACCAGAACUCAGGCACUAGGAUCUUAUUACCUUUUACUUUUUCUGCAUCUCUCUAAACUUCUGUUUUUAGACCAUCCUGUGAAUAAAGCAGGAGAGUUUCUACUGCAAGUGACAAUCAGAGGUGACUAUCUAUAUUUGCACUUAAAAUCAAAGUAGUUCAACAUGCAAAUGGCUAGGGUCUAGCCCUUGGUAAGGGCCAUGCUGGUGUACUAUGUUGUGAUGAUGGAAGCAGUAAAUCAAAAUUAUGGAAAUUUGCACUGUUGAAAAGCAUGCUUUAGCUUUAUUUUCAAUUAAAAACACUGUUU